AUGCUCUCAAACGUCAGUCUCUGGAGAAGCGGACCUGAUACCGACGAAUUACCUUCGCCGACCACCGUCGUCCCAUUCGCUGGGCGCAUUGGUGCCAAUCAAGAGUUCUCAGUGGACAAAACCAACAGUGCGCAUAUAGAAUUGUUGCAGCAGUCUCCUGACGCUGCUCCCUGGAUCCCGUUAAAGGAUGCUCUAUCUCUGCGACAUUUUCUACAUGUAGCGCUAUGGAAGGCCGCUGCUGUUGAAGCUAUAGGUCCUAAAUUCUCGGUCGCUCCCUCUGUGGCUAAGGAUUAUAUGAUAACACUGCGAAGCAUCUUUGCGACCGGUGCCCUUGUCCCCAGCCUACUUGGUGGCCUUACAGCGAUCCUGGUUCUUCCUUUAUUCAUUUUCGCUGCCGGCCCAGUUUCCGGCGCGCAUCUGAACCCUACCAUCACCAUCGCCACAUUCUUCGGACGACUAGCGACCUUGCCACGAUGCAUUCUGUAUGUCGGUUUUCAGGUUUUCGGGGGGGCUAUUGGGGGUUUGCUGUUAAGAGCGAGCCUCGACACCAGAUCUUUCAUCGUGCCAGGUUGCUUUAUCGAUACCACCAAAGUCUCAGCGGGCAGCGCAUUCGCCAUAGAAUUCACUACAGAUCUCGCCUUGAUCUUUCUUUCGUUCGGUGUCGGCCUUGAUCCUCGACAGCGCUCUGUAUUUGGGCCGGCCUUAGGCCCUAUCUUUGUUGGCAUUGUUCUAGGAAUGUGUACCUUUGUGACGGGGUUCAGCCGUCCUGGAUACACUGGGUUUUGUAAGUCUCUAAGUCAACCCUACAUUGCUUGGGGGUCUAACAAGUUACAAGCUGGAAACCCUGCACGAUGCUUCGGGGCAAUGGUUGGUUCGCAUUUUGCUUCUUAUCAUUGGAUACAUUGGAUAGCACCGUUGUGUGCGUCUAUCAUCCACGGCAUGCUAUAUUAUCUUAUUCCACCUUACUCUCGGAAGAGAACUCCAUAUGUGGGCGAAGGAAAUUGA